CGGAAACGACGGUAGAAUAUUGUUGUUGCACCGUGCGUGUGCUGUACUCGUAACGUACGGAGAACGCAUUUUCAUUGACUGAAUCUUUCAAGCGAUAUCACAUGCUAAAGUUAUAAAAACACGGAUGCACCUCGUCUUCGUAUGAGCUGGACAGAGUAAACAUAACUCUGUUUCUUUUUUGGGAUUGUAUUGGUCUAAAAGUGCGGCAACGUAGCACUUAGCUACAGCUAGCUAAACAGCUCCACCAUGGCGGAUGUAACCGCACGUAGCCUGCAGUAUGAGUACAAAGCGAACUCCAACUUGGUGUUGCAAGCGGAUCGCUCGCUGAUAGACCGGACCCGGCGAGAUGAACCCACCGGAGAGGUUCUCUCCCUGGUGGGGAAGCUGGAGGGCACCAAGAUGGGAGACAAGUCGCAAAGGACCAAGCCUCAAAUGCUGGAAGAGAGGCGUGCAAAGAGGCGAAAGAGAGACGAGGACAGACACGACAUCAACAAAAUGAAGGGCUUCACCCUCCUCUCUGAGGGCAUUGAUGAGAUGGUGGGCAUCGUGUACAAGCCUAAAACCAAAGAAACCAGAGAGACGUACGAGGUCCUGCUCAGCUUCAUCCAGGCUGCGCUUGGCGACCAGCCACGUGACAUUCUGUGCGGAGCGGCCGACGAAGUCCUGGCGGUGCUGAAGAACGAGAAGAUGCGGGACAAGGAGAGGCGCCGGGAGGUGGAGCAGCUUCUGGGGCCGGCCGACGACACGCGCUACCACGUGCUGGUCAACCUGGGCAAGAAGAUCUCCGACUACGGGGGCGACAAGGAGCUGCAGAACAUGGAUGACAACAUCGACGAGACGUACGGCGUGAACGUCCAGUUUGAGUCCGACGAGGAGGAAGGGGAUGAGGACCAGUUCGGGGAGGUGCGUGACGAGCACUCGGACGAGGACAGCGAAGGAGAGGAGGCCAACGUGGGCUGCUCGCUCUCUGCCAACCUCGUCUCCGGCGACAUGAUGACGGCCAAGAAGAAGGACCUGCAUCCUCGCGACAUCGACGCCUUCUGGCUCCAGCGGCAGCUCAGCCGCUUCUACGACGACGCCAUCGUCUCCCAAAAGAAAGCGGACGAAGUCCUGGACAUCCUCAAGACCGCCAGCGACGACAGGGAGUGCGAGAACCAGCUGGUGCUCCUGUUGGGUUUCAACACGUUUGACUUCAUCAAGAUCCUCAGGCAGCAUCGCCGCAUGAUCCAGUACUGCACCAUGCUGGCGAGCGCCCAGAGCGAGCCGGAGAAGGAGCGCAUCACAGGGAAGAUGGAGGCGGACCAGGAGCUGUCCAAGAUCCUGUACCAGCUGCAGGAGACCGAGAAGGAGGACAUCAUUCGGGAGGAGAGAUCUCGCCGCGAGAGGGUCAGAAAGUCCCGGGUGGACGAUUUGGAAUCCAUGGACGUUGACCACGGAGAAUCGAUGACUCCCCGGCAGCUGUUGGAUCUAGAGGAUCUGGCCUUCACCCAGGGCAGCCACUUCAUGGCCAACAAAAGGUGCCAGCUGCCAGACGGCUCCUUCCGCAAGCAGCGCAAGGGCUACGAAGAGGUCCACGUGCCCGCCCUCAAGCCUAAGCCCUUUGCGGACGACGAGGUGCUUCUCGGCAUUGACAAGCUGCCGAAGUACGCCCAGGCCGGGUUUGAAGGGUUCAAGACGCUGAACCGCAUCCAGAGCAAGCUGUUCAAGACCUCCAUGGAGACGGACGAGAACCUGCUGGUCUGCGCCCCCACUGGUGCGGGUAAAACCAACGUGGCUCUGAUGGCCAUGCUCAGGGAGAUUGGAAAGCACAUCAACCUGGAUGGGACCAUCAACGUGGACGACUUCAAGAUCAUCUACAUCGCUCCCAUGCGCUCCCUGGUACAGGAGAUGGUGGGAAGCUUCAGCAAGCGCUUGGCCAGCUACGGCAUCACGGUCUCUGAGCUGACCGGAGACCACCAGCUGUGCAAGGAGGAGAUCAACGCCACGCAGAUCAUCGUCUGCACCCCGGAGAAGUGGGACAUCAUCACGCGCAAGGGGGGCGAGCGCACCUACACCCAGCUCGUGCGCCUCAUCAUCAUCGACGAGAUCCACCUGCUGCACGACGACCGAGGCCCGGUGCUAGAGUCCCUGGUGGCCCGCACCAUCCGCAACGUGGAGCUGACCCAGGAGGACGUGCGUCUGAUCGGCCUCAGCGCCACGCUGCCCAACUACGAGGACGUGGCCACCUGCCUGCGCGUGGACCCCGCGAAGGGCCUCUUCUACUUCGACAACAGCUUCCGCCCCGUGCCCCUGGAGCAGACCUACGUGGGCAUCACGGAGAAGAAGGCCAUCAAGCGCUUCCAGAUCAUGAAUGAGAUCGUCUACGAGAAGAUCAUGGAGCACGCCGGGAAGAACCAGGUGCUGGUGUUCGUCCACUCCCGCAAGGAGACGGGCAAGACGGCCAGGGCCAUCAGGGACAUGUGUCUGGAGAAGGACACCCUGGGGCUGUUCCUCAGGGAGGGCUCCGCCUCCACCGAGGUGCUGAGGACUGAGGCCGAGCAGUGCAAGAACCUGGAGCUGAAGGACCUGCUGCCCUACGGCUUCGCCAUCCACCACGCCGGGAUGACCCGCGUGGACCGUACCCUGACGGAGGACCUGUUCGCCGACAAGCACAUCCAGGUGCUGGUGUCCACGGCCACGCUGGCCUGGGGUGUCAACCUGCCCGCCCACACCGUCAUCAUCAAGGGCACGCAAGUGUACAGCCCGGAGAAGGGCCGUUGGACGGAGCUGGGGGCCCUGGACAUCCUGCAGAUGCUGGGUCGUGCCGGCCGCCCCCAGUACGACACCAAGGGGGAGGGCAUCCUGAUCACGUCCCACGGCGAGCUCCAGUACUACCUGUCCCUGCUCAACCAGCAGCUGCCCAUCGAGAGCCAGAUGGUGGCCAAGCUGGCCGACAUGCUCAACGCCGAGAUCGUGCUGGGCAACGUGCAGAACGUCAAGGACGCGGUCAACUGGCUGGGCUACACCUACCUGUACGUGCGCAUGCUGCGCAACCCCACGCUGUACGGCGUCUCCCACGACGACCGCAGCGCCGACCCCCUGCUGGAGCGCCGCCGCAUGGACCUGAUCCACACCGCCGCCAACGUGCUGGACAAGAACAGCCUGGUCAAGUACGACAAGCGCUCCGGGAACUUCCAGGUGACGGACCUGGGCCGCAUCGCCAGCCACUUCUACAUCACCCACGACUCCAUCCAGACCUACAACCAGCUGCUGAAGCCCACGCUCAGCGAGAUCGAGCUCUUCCGCGUCUUCUCCCUGUCCUCCGAGUUCAGGAACAUCACCGUGAGAGAGGAGGAGAAGUUGGAGCUCCAGAAGCUUCUGGAAAGGGUUCCCAUUCCAGUCAAGGAGAGCAUUGAAGAACCCAGCGCAAAGAUCAACGUCCUGCUGCAGGCCUACAUCUCCCAGCUCAAACUGGAGGGCUUCGCCCUCAUGGCCGACAUGGUGUACGUCACCCAGAGCGCUGGACGACUGAUGCGCGCCAUCUUUGAGAUCGUGUUGAGCCGGGGCUGGGCGCAGCUCACGGACAAGACCAUGAACCUCUGCAAGAUGAUCGACAAGAGGAUGUGGCAGUCCAUGUCCCCGCUGCGUCAGUUCAGGAAGCUGCCGGAGGAAGUGAUCAAAAAGAUCGAGAAGAAGAACUUCCCCUUCGAGCGCCUCUACGACCUGAACCACAACGAGAUCGGUGAGCUGAUCCGCAUGCCCAAGAUGGGGAAGACCAUCCACAAGUACGUCCACCAGUUCCCCAAGCUGGACCUGGCCGUCCACCUGCAGCCCAUCACACGCUCCACCCUCAAAGUGGAGCUCACCAUCACCCCUGACUUCCAGUGGGACGACAAGAUCCACGGCUCCUCCGAGGCCUUCUGGAUCCUGGUGGAGGACGUGGACAGCGAGGUCAUCCUCCACCACGAGUACUUCCUGCUCAAGGCCAAGUACGCCCAGGACGAGCACCUGGUCACCUUCUUCGUGCCCGUGUUCGAGCCGCUGCCGCCGCAGUACUUCAUCCGCGUGGCCUCGGACCACUGGCUCUCCUGUGAGACCCAGCUCCCGGUGUCGUUCCGUCACCUGAUCCUCCCGGAGAAGUACCCCCCACCCACGGAGCUGCUGGACCUGCAGCCGCUGCCCGUCACGGCCCUCAGGAACUCCGCCUUCGAGACCCUGUACCAGAACAAGUUCCCCUUCUUCAACCCCAUCCAGACCCAGGUGUUCAACGCUGUGUACAACAGCGACGACAACGUGUUUGUGGGCGCCCCCACCGGCAGUGGGAAGACCAUCUGCGCCGAGUUCGCCAUUCUGAGGAUGCUGCUGCACAACGCCGAGGGUCGCUGUGUGUACAUCACCCCCAUGGAGGCCCUGGCCGAGCAGGUGUUCCUGGACUGGCACCAGAAGUUCAUGGACCUCCUGAACAAGAAGGUGGUGCUGCUGACCGGCGAGACCAGCACCGACCUGAAGCUCCUGGGGAAGGGCGACAUCAUCGUCAGCACCCCCGACAAGUGGGACAUCCUGUCCCGGCGCUGGAAGCAGAGGAAGAACGUCCAGAACGUCAGCCUCUUCAUCGUGGACGAGACGCACCUGAUUGGAGGAGAGAACGGGCCCGUGUUGGAGGUCAUCUGCUCCAGGAUGCGCUACAUCUCCUCCCAGAUCGAGCGGCCCAUCCGCAUCGUGGCCCUCAGCUCCUCCCUGUCCAACGCCAAGGACGUGGCCCACUGGCUGGGCUGCAGCACCACGGCCACCUUCAACUUCCACCCCAACGUCAGACCCGUACCCCUGGAGCUUCACAUUCAGGGCUUCAACGUGAGCCACACCCAGACGCGCCUGCUGUCCAUGGCCAAGCCGGUGUACCACUCCAUCAUGAAGCACUCCCCGACCAAGCCGGCGCUGGUCUUCGUGCCGUCCCGCCGGCAGACGCGCCUCACCGCCAUCGACAUCCUGACCUUCUGCGCGGCCGACGUCGUCCCACAGAGGUUCCUGCACUGCACGGAGAAGGACCUGGCGCCCUUCCUGGAGAAGAUCAACGACGCCACCCUGAAGGAGACGCUGGCCAACGGCGUGGGCUACCUGCACGAGGGCCUGUCCACCGGCGAGCGGCGCAUCGUGGAGCAGCUCUUCAACUCUGGUGCGGUCCAGGUGGUGGUGGCAUCCCGCUCGCUCUGCUGGGGCACCAACAUCGCCGCCCACCUGGUCGUCGUCAUGGAUACCCAGUACUACAACGGCAAGAUCCACGCAUACGUGGACUACCCCAUCUACGACGUCCUCCAGAUGGUGGGCAAGGCCAACCGGCCGCUGCAGGACGACGAGGGCCGCUGUGUCAUCAUGUGCCAGGGCUCCAAGAAGGACUUCUUCAAGAAGUUCCUGUACGAGCCGCUGCCGGUGGAGUCCCACCUGGACCACUGCCUCCACGACCACUUCAACGCCGAGAUCGUCACCAAGACGGUGGAGAACAAGCAGGACGCCGUGGACUACCUGACCUGGACGUUCCUCUACCGCCGCAUGACCCAGAACCCCAACUACUACAACCUGCAAGGCAUGUCCCAUCGCCACCUGUCGGACCACCUGUCUGAGCUUGUGGAGAACACCCUCCACGACCUGGAGCAGUCCAAGUGCAUCAGCAUCGAGGACGAGGUCGACGUGGCGCCGCUCAAUCUGGGCAUGAUCGCCGCCUACUACUACAUCAACUACACCACCAUCGAGUUGUUCAGCAUGUCCCUGAACGCCAAGACGAAGAUCCGCGGGCUGAUCGAGAUCAUCUCCAACGCCGCCGAGUACAACAACAUUCCCAUCAGGCACCACGAGGACACUCUGCUGCGCCAGCUGGCCCAGAAGGUGCCCCACAAACUAAACAACCCCAAGUUCAACGACCCCCACGUCAAGACCAACCUGCUGCUGCAGGCCCAUCUGUCCAGGAUGCAGCUCAGCGCAGAGCUGCAGUCCGACACCGAGGACAUCCUGAGCAAGGCGGUGCGUCUGAUCCAGGCCUGCGUGGACGUGCUGUCCAGUAACGGCUGGCUGAGCCCCGCCCUGGCAGCCAUGGAGCUGGCCCAGAUGGUCACCCAGGCCAUGUGGUCCAAGGACUCGUACCUCAAGCAGCUGCCCUACUUCACCUCCGAGCACAUCAAGAGAUGCACCGACAAGGGCGUGGAGAGCAUCUUCGACAUCAUGGAGAUGGAGGACGUGGACCGCAGCGGCCUGCUGCAGCUCUCAGACCCCCAGAUGGCCGACGUGGCCCGCUUCUGCAACCGCUACCCCAACAUCGAGCUGUCCUACGAGGUGGUGGAGAAGGAGAACAUCAAGAGCGGUGGACCAGUUCUUGUCCUGGUUCAGCUGGAGAGGGAGGAGGAGGUCACUGGACCUGUCAUCGCGCCGCUCUUCCCCCAGAAACGCGAGGAGGGCUGGUGGGUGGUGAUCGGAGACCCCAAGUCCAACAGUCUCAUCUCCAUCAAGAGGCUCACGCUCCAGCAGAAAGCAAAGGUCAAGCUGGACUUUGUCUCGCCGGUGAUGGGCGUCCACAACUACACGCUGUACUUCAUGAGCGACGCCUACAUGGGCUGUGACCAGGAGUAUAAGUUCAGCGUGGACGUGAAGGAGGCGGACAGCGAGGGAGACAGCGACUCUGACUAGACCGAGCCCAUAGGUCACUGCAGUCGCACCUCAUCCCCAUCGGUGGAUCGUCUUUGUCCUGUUUUUACUGUAAAUCGUUAAACCAGACUCUUGUCUCUUUUGAUAAUUUCAAUGGCAUUUCUUUUUUUUGUAUGACUUUGUUUCUUAGUAGUGGCCAUCGCUUGUCUUGCAUACACCCGUCUGAAAUUACGUUGUACAGGAUUGACUCGUCUAGUUUUUGUAAACUGACCUGUCCAAGAAGCUGAUUCUCAAUAUAUAAGGGCCAAAAUACUUAAAUACAAGGUCAAUUUUAAUAAGGCGUCAACAAAUUAUUUAACAACCAUGUUAACCCAGUCGAUCUGUGCUGGGAAACUGAUCAAGUGAUCAUUUGUAACUGCAUUAUUGUACUUGUUCUGGCCCAAUUGUUUUUCAAUAAAAAAAAUUAUGCUAAAAUGAAA